AUGGAAGCUAUAGGUACUGUUAUCCUCUACGAUCAAGAUGCCUACCAUGCUUCGGCAAGUCGAGAUCAGAGUACCACAACCGUAUACUCAAUCGAGGAUCUCCUUAAUUGUCUUGCCACUGAACCACGUAUUCAUCGAAAUGUUGGCAUUUGCUCUCAUGACAAGUCGAAAGCUAUUGAUGAAAUAGUCCAUCUGCCACAGGUAGUGACGAUCUGACUUUGUCAGGAGCAUGGUGAUCAUGGGAAAGAUCCAACUUAGGGCACUAAAGUACGAGGUGAGAUUCGAUUUAAUUGGGAUAAAGAUGAUGUGGUCAACUUGGAAUACCGUGGUCACAUGGAUAAUCAAGAACAAUGUCUACUGUUUAAUAAUCCAGAGCAAUAUGAAUUCGAAGUGCAAGCAGCGAAAAGAAUAAAAAUUGAAUCACGUUACAGAAGUCGAAAUCCGCAACAACCUGAAGAACCACAUGUUACUUUAUCUUCAGACGAGAUUUCAACAAGUACAGAAGCAAAAAAAUGAACAAAUAACGUGUCAUUACUAUCAUUGAACUAUCUGUUCAGGAAAAUCUAAUUUUCUUCUUGUACUUGACUAGAAUUUGGUUUAAACUGUUUUUAAACUCGCAUAAACUGUGAAAAAAGAGUUGUAGUUCUCAGAACAAAAAGAUAUCUACAACAGUGAUGAAAUAGCAAACCAUUCAUUUAAAGUUAAUUGAAUAACCU